UCUUCAGAGCACAGAGAGCCCAGCAGCAGCAGAAGAAAAAGAAGCAGAAGAAGCCCCCAGCAGCCAGCCCCUUUGGGCUCCCCAGCCUAGGCAAGCCAGAGAUGACCUUGCUUCUUGGGCAGCCCUAAGUCAACCUCUGACAGACCAGUUUCUCUUCUGAGACCCUGGACCGUGGGUAGGCAAAGGGAGUUCCUCUGUGGAGAGCACAAUGUCCUGCUUCCCCCACUGUGCCCUGCUGAUGCUACUCCUACAAGGCUUGCCCGCUAGUCCUCACCCUUGCCCACCCCAGUGUGUCUGUGAGACCCGCCCAUGGUUCACCCCACAGUCUGUCUACCAUGAAGCCCGCACCGUGGACUGCAAUGACCUCCUCCUGACCCAAGUGCCAAGCAAUCUCUCCUCAGACACCCAGGUCCUUCUCCUGCAGAGCAAUAAGAUCUCUCAGGUCAAUGGAGAGCUCCAGCACUUGUCCAACUUGACUGAGCUCGACCUCUCCCAGAAUCAUUUCUCCAGAAUCAGUGACGCUGGGCUAGCCAACCUUUCCCACCUCAUUACCCUUUACUUAGAGGAAAACCAGGUGGAGGAGCUGCCAGACCACUGCUUGAGCGACCUGGCAUCCCUUGAGGAACUGUACAUCAACCACAACCGCAUCUCCUCCAUCCAGCCAUUGGCCUUUGCUGGCCUGACCAGCCUGCUCCGGCUGCACCUAAAUGCCAAUCGCCUCCCUACUAUUGACCAUCGCUGGUUCCUCUCACUCCCCAAUUUGGAAAUCCUGAUGAUCGGAGAGAACCCCAUCUCCCAGUUGACUGGUGGGAGCUUCCAACCACUGGGCCGACUUCACAGCCUGGUUUUAGCUGGAAUGGAGCUCAGCGAAAUCCCCUCCAAUGCUUUCCAAGGCCUGGACUACUUGGAAAGCUUGUCCUUUUAUGAUAACCAUCUUUCCCACAUUCCCACCCAAGCUCUGAAAGGCCUGCCUCUGUUGAAGUUCCUGGACCUCAACAAGAACCCCAUCACAGAGGUCCAGGCAGGUGACUUCAAGGACAUGCUGCACCUGGAAGAGCUGAGCCUCAACGGCAUGGAGGAACUUACUGGCAUCCACAGAGGAGCCUUUGAGAAUCUUCCAGAGUUGGCCAAGCUUGAGCUGUGUAACAACCCACGUCUCUCCUACUUACACCCAGGGGCCUUCCAGGGAGUGCCAGUCCUUCGCACCCUGCUAGUGAGUAAUGCUGCCCUCAGUCUUCUCCCACUAGGCCUAAUGGGGGCCUUGCCGGCUUUGGCUGAGCUCAAUCUGUAUGGAAACCCCCUGCGCUGUGAUUGCCCAAAGGCCUGGGAACCACUAGUCACAGGUCAUAUCCGAUUGAUUGAGUCUCAGAAUACUGUCUGUUUCUCACCUCCAGAAGCUGCUGGACAAGAGCUCCAAGAAGCAGUGAAGAGUGCCAUAGGAGGAACCUGCCUACCAGAGAUCACCUCCAAGGACCUGCUAGAACGGCUGGAGAUAUCAUCUGGCUCAACGGCAGCUCUUGAUUGCCAGGCCAGCUCAGAGCCACCACCCCAAUUCCACUGGAUAGCCCCAUCUGGGGAGAAAGUUACGACAGGGUCUGGGAGGCUGCAUCUCAGGGCAGGAGGAACCCUGGAGAUCAGCACAGUCAGCUCAGCAGACUCGGGUGUCUAUACCUGUGUAGCAAGGAAUGAUCUGGGUUCAACCAGUCGCAGCGUGACUCUUGUCGUGAUUGGCGAAAGGACCAUCAAUCCUGUCAGGCUGCUCGUCCUUGCAAAGAAGGUCCAGUCUCACUUUGUGGUGGUGGAGUGGACGACAUCCUUUAUGGAAGGGCAGAAAAAUGAGAGGGGUAGUGAGCCAGCCACACCACAUCCCCCGGCUCUGCCAGUGUGGUCAUCGGCCACUAUGCGCAUCCACAACCCCCACCUGAGCUACACGGCACGGGUCCCUGUGGGUAUCCAGGAAUUCAAUCUCACGCACUUGCAACCUGCCACCCGUUACGAGAUCUGCCUUACUGUUGUGUCCUCUGUUCCCAAGUCCUCAGUUGCUGGUGGGUACACAGACAUCCCCACAUCCACAGCAACCUCUGCAAGUGCUUUGGAAUCUUCUGUUAGUUCUCUGGAAACAGCCUUUGCAACUACAGAGGCUUCUGUGUCUUUUCCAGGUUCCUGGAGCACCUCCAAAGGGUCUCCAGCCUCAUUCAUGGCUCACCUCUUAGCAACGGUGGUCUCUUCCUCAGCUUCCAGAGCUUCAUCAGCACCCUCUACUGGUCCCCCAGCAAUGCCAACCACUGUGCCACCCAUCUGGCAACUGCCUCGCACACAGCGCUCUUGCCUCAAUGUCACCACCAAGGAGGCCUCGCUGUCUGUGGAGCUGGUGGGAGGCUGGGCAGGAGGGGCAGCCCUGGCAGCCAUCACUGGCUCCUUGUUAGCCGCCCUGAGUGCUGUGCUUCUGCUCCUCUGCGCCUCGCGUCGGCUCAAGGAAAAAGGGUGCCGCCAUUCACUCAAGAAGUACAUGCAACACGCAGCAGCCAUUCCCCUUAAUGAGGUCUACCCACCGCUGAUCAGCCUGUGGGAUGCCGAGGGAGACCCGCCAAUGCCAAUGGCUCCGCUGACACAAUUGGCCCCACCCAUCAUGCCAAUUGCUCCGGCUCCUCCUGCCGCCACCACGAUGGGUGGGCCCAGUCUCCUGCUGCCGCCCCCUCCUAGCCAGAUUGACACUUCCAAGACCUAUCUGUGGCAACAGCCAUGAAUUUCAACAUGGUGAGGUGGGCAGGCACUCGCACCUCUUCGUCCAGCCAUGGACAGGAAAACCUCCCCUCCCCACGGAUUUUUUAGGGUAUAAAGAGUGGGGCUUCCAGGCCUUCCCAAAUCCAUAGCCUCCUUGCCUCCUACCUUUUCUGCACUCUCUCUCUCUCUCUGUUUCACACACACACACACACAUGCCACAACUCCAUGUCCCACCUGUAGGCAGCACCAGAAGCCUGGGAUGCAGGUUGUUUUCUUUUCUUUUGUUAAAAAUCCAAGGUCUCACUGUGUAGUCGUAGCCAAAAAUAGGGAGGGGAGGAUCAGGCAGAGGAUGACUGGGGCCCCUGGGACAGUGUAGCCCCUGGGGGGCAGGAAACAAACAAUUUUGAAUAAAGUUAUAGUUG